CGCGCGGGCCUGCUGACAGCGCGGUGUGGCGGGCCUGCUGACAGCGCGGUGUGGCGCGCCUGGCCGAGCACAAAGCUAGGCUCCGGACUUGGGAGCCGGGCCUCCUUCUUGCUGUCACCCUUGCUGCGGUCUGCGCGGCUCUUGGUGCCUGCGUCGCCCCAAGAGAGGAGAGGCGCGUAUGACCUGGCCUCAUAGCCGCGCGCCGCCUCCUUCACCACGGGGCCAUCUGUGCCUUGGCGUCCCAUCUGCAGAAUGCUGUGACUGCAGCGCCUACUCCUCGGGACCUUGUAGGACUAAUGAGUCGGUGCAGGUCAGGUGCUGAGCCGGUAUCUGCAGUUGAGUAAACAUGAGCUGUUCUCAGCCCCUAAGACAGCAUCUGGUAUACGAUAGUGGUCACUGUUUGUUGCUUAAAUGAGUGAAUGAAAGUCAGACAGGCUAUGAACAGUAUUCUGAGAAACAACCCUCCGGUGGGCAUUUGUCGGUGACAGGGAGGUUUCCCUCUGUUUAUUGUGGCUGCCAUAGCAGGAUACAACAGCUGAAGUGGUUCAGGUGGGAGAGAUUUACUUUCUCACAGUUAUGGAGGAUGGAGGGUCAUGGAUGUGGUGUCAUCAAGUCUGCUUGCUGUAGAGGACCGGCCUGGCUUACAGGUGGUCACCCUCUUGCUGUAGCCUCGCAUGAUCUUUCCUCUGUGCCACUACACCACUAGCAUUUCUGCUUGUACUCACAUCUGCUUAUGUAAGGACAUCUUUCAGAUUGGAACAGGGCUCAUCUUAAUGGGCUCUUUUUAACCCACUUGCCUUAUUGAAGGUCUGAUCUCUACAGGUAAUCAAGUUCUGAGGAUCUGGGGAAUGUGAUGGAAUACAUAAAGAGGCCAUUUUGGUGACAUGCACCUGUAAUCCCAGUAUUGGGGAGGUGGAAAUAGGUGGGUCCCUGGGAUCAGUGAACCUCUCUUCUGAGUAAGAGACCAUGUCUCAAAAACGAAAGUGGGGGCUGGAGAGAUGACUCAUUAGUUAAGAGCACAGGCUGCUCUUCUAGAUGUCCUGAGCUCAAUUCCCAGCAAACACAUGGUGGCUCACAGCCAUCUCUAGUGGGAUCUGAUGCUCUCUUCUGGCAUAAAGAUGUACAUGCAGAUUGAGCACUCAUUCAUAAAAUAAAUGAAUAAAUCUUAAAAAAAAAAUGAAAGUGGACAGCCUCUGAGGAACAAUGCCUCAGGUUAGCUUCUGGCCUCCACACAUAUGCACCCAUGUAUACACAAAACAUGCACGCAUAUCUGCACAUACAUACAGAAAAAGAAAUAAAGAUAAGCACCUUAAGUAGCAACUCCUGAAGACCUCUUCUUGAUAUAAACAGCCCCACAGAAAAUGUUCCACAAAUCAUCUGCUGGUGUUUACUACUUGGCAGAAUCACCUCACUAAGCAGAAGGGCCUUUGCCGUGGGAGCCUCUAGGUCAAAUUCCAUUAAGGCUCCUUUUCCCUUGAGAAGCCCCUCUUCAUUCACAUCAUCCAGGCUUUUUGUUCUGUUUCUCCUUGCCUUCCCCUCCCCCUACCUUGGUAUUUUUAUUGUUUGAUGUCUUUCACAUUGAUCUUUCUACUGUCAUAUUCUUGAUUUAGAUUUUAGCUUGCUGAAUUAGAAGGAACCCUACAGUCCUCUAGUUUCCUGCGGUCACUCCAUCCCCAAACUACACGCUGAGCACCUAUAAAGCCCCAGACACUUACAGGUGUCAGAGCUACGGUGACCAGUGAAGCAGAGGUGGGCCAGAUCUUUACCUCACAAAGACCAUUGCUUCUGACAGCUAGGUUGCUCCCCCCAAUAGUCCAUUCUGCUGUGAACUUAUCAGUGGAUCAACCUGUUGAGGAGAUUUAUACUCUCAUAUCCACCUGCCUCACAUCUGAACUCUGCUGCACUGAGGACUAAGCCUUAACUCUAUUAUCAUUGGGAAAGAUUUCAUGUCCAAACUACCUCAGGGCUCAGGGGUACUGUUAAAAGAAGCUCUUGAGUUUGGCUUUGUGGGUGUGACUUUGUCUUCAGUGUUUUUGCCCUAAAUCUGAAAGAAACCCAUGGCUUCUUUGGUGCUUAGUUAGGGUCUCUGCAGGCUUUAUAGCAGGCAGGGAAAAACAAUCAGGGUGUGUAGACAGAUUUUUUUAUUUGGGCUGCCAGCACACACACACACACACACACACACACACACACACACACACACACACACAUACACACAAAAACCCAAAAAAAAAUGUCGCAGACACUUAAUUUAUUAUGAAAGCUUGUAUGGUGAUAUUUUAUUUUGUACUAAAAUGUUAUUUAUAUGUUAAUAAAGUUGCCCGAGGGUCAGAGCUAUUAGCAAGCCAUAGGAAAGCUGGGCGGUGGUGCACGCCUUUAAUCCCAGCAUUUGGUAGGCAGAGCUAGGUAGAUCUCUGUGUGAUCAGGGAUACAGUCAGCACUGGAGACACACGCCUUUAAUCUCAAUACCAACCAUAGAAGACCUGGAGGUCUGUACAGACAGGCAGUGACGAGGCGGUCAUGUGAUUGGGUUUACAACCAAUGAGAAGGCAGAACCGAAAGUCCAUAUAAAGACUUUAACACAGGAAGUAGCUCUCUUUCGGAGAGGUAGUACCACCGCAAGAGGAAGGGUAAGGUUUUAGCUCUUAGCUCUGACCUCUUGGCUUUCUUCUUUGCAUUGGUUCUGUGUUUCUUAUUUAAUAAGACGGUUGGUUACAUCUACAAGCUUCGCCUUAGCUUAGGCUUGUUUCUAAUUAGCUUUUAUAACUUAAAUUAACCCAUUUCUAUUUAAUCUAUGUGCUGUCACAUGGUUCGUGACUUUUACCUCUCCUCUUGCAUGUCCUGCUUCUUCUACACCUUUCUUCUUCCCAGAGCUCUCUGAAGUCCCGCCUAAACUCUUCCUGCCUAGCUAUUGGCAUUCUGCUCUUUAUUAAACUAAUCAGAAGACACCUUGGCAAAGACACAUCUUCACAGUGUGCAGAAAGAUUAUUCCACACCAAGGGUGAGGGAAGAACAAAGCUCGGAGCAGCCUGGUUUUUGUAGCUGGUCCUGGGCCAGGACUUCUAGAGUCUGACCCAGAUCAUUUUACUUUAACUGUAUUUAAGUACAGCACAAUUUUGGGGGAAAAAAGUUUUCUGAUAAUAAAUUAACUCAGUCCCAAGUGCACAACUAAUUUAAGGCAUGUUUAUAUUGAGAUUCUUUUUUUUAAUAUAUAUAUAUUUUGAAUGGGGUUUCCCUUGAACUCACAGAGAUCUGCCUGCCUCUGUCUCUUGAGUGCUGGGAUUAAAGGCAUGCGCCACCACCGACUGGCACAUUGAAAUUUUUUACAAAGUACAUCUGGCUUCUUUCACAAAGAUGGAUACAGAGAGUAACUCAGAGAUAGUGCCCAAGAUUUAGGGUCUAGGGAGAUUGACUAAGGUAAACAUAAUGCCUGUGGGUGUCAGGACUGGCCUGGCCCUAAGAGUCAUAGACGUCACUUAGGCUGUUAUACAAAUGACAUCUCUCACAAGGAUGAGUUUUAUGGCCUAGAAGUAAUGCUCAAAGUUUUAAGGGGAAAGGGUCUGGGAUAAGUAAAACAUAAAUUCUGGAAGAUAUGGUCAGGGCCUGGUUCAACAGGUAGCAACAGGUUACUAGGUUGUAAACUACAUUUCCUCCUAGAGUUCCAGGAAAACAACUAAGCACCUCAUUCCAUUGAAGAGGUAAGCUGUGUGUUUAACCUUCCUGGCUUCUCCAGUGCUUAACUGUGGGCACAAGGCCAUUUUGUCCUCUACAGUUUAGUGCACCAGAUUGCCAUUUGGAUCCUCAGUAUCCUCCUGUUCCUCCCCCUGUGUUUGGAUGCCAGAGGCUGCACCUGAUUUCAGCUGCAUGCCCCCAUGUCUAGCCGUAAUUGUUCCAUUAGCUGUGCACUGCCCUCACUAGAACUGAAACUUCCAGGACACCUGCUGUGCUCUACUCACUGUUAUUGCCCCAGAAUAUAGUACACAGUAGUCACUCAGUAGGUAGAUGGGGAAUGACCAGAUUUUCUGUCUCCUUCCCAAUCAGAGUCAGUUGUCAUAAGGCAUGAAGCUCAGUGUCGUCUGUCCUCUGCCUCUCUGGUAUGCCAUCUACUAUGCAGCCAUACUCUGAAGCCCUGGAGGUCCCCACACCAGCUGGUCACAGACCCCAGUAACCUGCAUAUCCCAUUCUCUUGCUUCCUCUAUGUCUGUGAGAGGCACAGAGGCACAUCUAAGCGGAUGUGGUGCUCUGUGAUACUGCUUUGCUCUCUGUCUGGUGAUGGUAGUUAUUUUAACUUGUAUCUUACCUCCCCAGAUAGGUUCCUGAUCUUCUCGAUCUUUGAAUUCACUGACCUAUGUAUAGGUGUGUAUUGUUGCUAUAACAAAAUAGCCGACACUAGCAACUUAAGGAAGGGUUUUUUGGCUCAUAGUCUGAGGAUGCAGUCCGUCAUGGAGGGAAGGCUUGGUGGCAGGAGCGAGAAGCAGUUGGUCACAUUACCUCUGCAGCCAGGGAGCAGGCAGAUGCAUGCUGCUGCUUGACUGCUUUCUCUCUUUUAUUCAGCCUGGGACCCCAGCCUAUAGGAUGGUGUCACACACAUUCAGGAUGGGUCUUCCCUGCUCAUUUAAGCCUUUCUGGAAGUGCCCUCAGACACCAACAGGGGUGCAUCUCCAGGAUUCUCAGUCCCAUCAAGUUAAAGGUCAAGAUUAAUUAUCACAAAGUGUUUAAUAAGUAUGGGUUUGAUCUUAGCUGAUUGGCUUUUUUUCCUUUAUGCUUGUUUGUGUAUGUGUAUUUUUUAUUUUUAAUUUGGCAUAUUCAUAGUUGGCCAUAAAAGAAAUGCAUACACUCUUAUCACAGCCGCCUUCUAGGUUAGCAGACUCAGGUGCUUUGGGUUUCACAUAGCUAAUGGCUUCCAUAAUGGAUCAGUAAGAGGAGACAUUUCCAUGUUGCAGAGAGGUGGGCUGAACAGCUCUGAGCUAGAUGCUGCAGUCCAGUGGGUAGGUGUGUGUUUUAAGCUGUGACUUUGAUGCGCCACGAUGAAAGCCAAGAGCAGUUUGUGCUUUUGGGGUCCCUUUUAUCCCAAUGGUGUUCUUGAGAGGCUCUCACCUACAUUCUCUGCUGUAGGUCUCAUGGUCUAGUAUGGACCCUGUUGCUAUUCACAGCUGCCACCUCCUCCAGCAACUGCGAGAGCAGCGGAUCCAAGGCCUGCUUUGUGACUGCAUGCUGGUGGUGAGGGGAGUCUGCUUCAAAGCACACAAGAACGUGCUGGCAGCCUUCAGCCAGUACUUCAGGAGCCUUUUUCAGAAUUCUUCCAGCCAGAAGAAUGACGUUUUUCACCUGGAUGUUAAAAAUGUGAGCGGCAUAGGGCAGAUCCUGGACUUCAUGUACACGUCGCACCUUGACCUCAAUCAGGACAACAUUCAAGUGAUGCUGGACACAGCGCAGUGUUUGCAAGUACAGAAUGUUCUGAAUCUGUGCCACACGUUUCUGAAGUCGGCCUCUGCAGCACAGCUGCCAGGCUUGUCCUGUGCUGGUGCCUUCUCCCUGCAGAGUGUGACUCUGGAUGGUCCCUGUACGGUAAAUGAGCACUGCCCACCCCACUCACUGCAGGAGUGCCCUGCGGAAGGCCCGCCUGCUAAAGUUCUGCCUGAACUGAGUCCUCAUGCUCCAUCAGCAGGUUUCAGUGGUCCCACAGGAGAAGUCUCCAAACCAGCCCCGGAUGCUGCAGGUGGCAGCUGCCCAGAGCUGCCCUGCAAGCAGCCCAACUACUAUUACAAACUCAGAACUUUGUACAGCAAGCAGUACUACAAGCAAACGGCCUGCCCCAGCCAGGCGCCUGCCACCGAACAGCCACUCACUCUCGGGACCUCCACAGAUGUUGCUGCAGCAGACUCACAGCCUUCCGUGGAGGGCCGUGCAGGUGUCCUGGAGUCUUCAGAGCAAUUGCCUUCCACCUUCCUGGCUCCACCCCUCAGGAACUCUGGCAUGGACUCGGAGGCAGACCCCCUUUCUCAGCCACCUGCCAAGCAGAUGAGGCUGAAGAAGGCCAUGCACCUGAAGAAACUAAACUUUCUCAAGUCACAGCAGUCGGCUGUUGUGAGUGCGUCUGAACCAGAUACUAGGUUGGUCAGGAGGGAGGAAUCUGCUGCUAAGGAAGAUGGGGCCGAGAGAGCCAGAAGCCCGACUCCUGAAGAAAAGGGGAGGGAAGAACUGGGUCCAGAGAGCAGCCAUGAGGUGGAGAUUCCGGGAGCCCCGGCCACAUGGGAAGACCCAUCCCAGGGCCUCCAGUCCCAGAAGCAGUACACAUGUGAAUUGUGUGGGAAGCCUUUUAAACACCCGAGCAAUCUGGAGCUGCACAAACGGUCCCAUACAGGUGAGAAACCUUUUGAAUGUAACAUUUGUGGGAAACACUUCUCUCAGGCAGGCAACCUCCAGACUCACUUACGCCGGCACUCUGGGGAGAAGCCGUACAUCUGUGAAAUCUGUGGAAAGAGGUUUGCGGCCUCUGGUGAUGUCCAGCGCCACAUCAUCAUUCACUCUGGAGAGAAGCCACACUUGUGUGACACAUGCGGCCGAGGGUUCAGCAAUUUCAGCAAUUUGAAGGAGCACAAGAAGACGCACACAGCUGACAAGGUGUUCACCUGUGAUGAGUGUGGGAAGUCCUUCAACAUGCAGAGGAAGCUGGUGAAGCACCGUGUGCGGCACACGGGGAAGUGCUUUGGGGGCUCAGGAGACCUGCGCAGGCACGUCCGAACUCACACCGGGGAAAAGCCUUACAGCUGUGAGAUCUGCAGCAAGUGCUUUACGCGCUCCGCGGUGCUGCGUCGGCACAAGAAGAUGCACGGCCGAGCCGAUGCCAGGAGCCCAGCUGUGCUGGGUGAGCUGAGCCAGGCCAUCGAGACCUCUGACCUGGAGAGGUCUCAGAGCUCCGACUCCUUCUCCCAGGACGUGUCCGUCACACUGAUGCCUGUGUCUGUCAAACUCCCUGGGCACCCAGUGGAGAGUUCUGUGGCAGCAUUCGAUGGUCACUGCACUGGCUCCUACUGUAAGUUACGCUCCAUGCUCCACCCUCCUGGCAUGAGUGACCAAGACAAACUGGGCCUGGAUCCUGCCAAGCUGGCCAAGCCCCAGGAGCUGCAGAACCAGCCACAUGCCUAUGCUUACUCAGAUGUGGACGCCUCAGCAGGUGCUGAGCAGUCACAGGCUGAUGGCAUGGCUGUGACCCGCUCUUCCUUAGCCACGCUGGACAACCACUGCACCGAGCCGCUGGGCAGCCGGGCAUCUUCAGUGACUUACAGGAACUCUGAGGGACAGUUUUUCUCUAGUAUGACCCUCUGGGGGCUAGCAAUGAAGACCCUGCAGAAUGAACAUGAGCUAGAGCAGUGAUGUGCCGUCGCAUAAGACUGGAGAGAGACACCCUGCCCAGGACAGCCUCCUGCAGCUCUGGAGAAUGGCUAGAUGGUUUCCCUCCCAGGGGCUGCUGGGAGCUCCAUGGAUGGACCCAGGAGUUGCUAGCCCCCUGCUGGUCCCAGGGGCAGAUGGUUUGGGGAAGUCUCCACAGCAGCCUGGGCCCUAGGGUAUGGGACCAGCUGAUGUACAUCAGUGUGGCAGUGCACCUUACGUCAGCCACUGUACAUUUUCGUCCUGUUAGAUGUCAUAUGUAUACAUAAAAAUACAGAUUUUAUUUUUACAUUUUUAUAAGAGAAAUUUUUAGCAUCUUAUAUUUUUAAAUAUUUAUACAGAUUCUAUUUGUAUAAUGAACUUGUAAUAUAAUUUGAAUAAAUGAGCUUUCUUUUCUAUAUAAUGUUU